CAGAGCUGGACCCAGAAGACGAUCACUCUUGAACUUGCUGAUUUAGGAAUUCAAUACUCGGGACAAAUUGUCAGCCUGUGAUCACCACUGUGUGAGCGCUGCGUCAAUGCUGAGGAUGGAGCCUCUGAACAGCACACACCCCAACGCUGCGGCCUCCAGCAGCCCCAUGGGGUCUCAUGCGGUCAGCAGCAGCCAUGGUAACGAGUACUUCUAUAUUCUCGUGGUCAUGUCCUUCUAUGGCGUUUUCUUAAUCGGAAUCAUGUUGGGCUACAUGAAAUCCAAGAGGCGAGAGAAGAAGAAGUCCAGCCUCCUGCUGCUUUACAAAGAUGAGGAGAGGCUGUGGGGGGAGGUCAUGAAGCCCCUGCCCCUGAGGUCAGUGCCGGUGCCCAUGAUGCUGAACAUGCUGCAGGAGAGUGUGGCGCCGGCCCUGUCCUGCACCCUCUGCUCCAUGGAGGGGGACAGUGUGAGCUCUGAGUCCUCCUCUCCAGAUGUGCACCUCACCAUCCAGGAGGAGGGCGCUGACGACGAGCUGGAGGAGACUUCUGAGACGCCUCUCAAUGAAAGCAGCGAAGGCUCCUCGGAGAACAUUCACCAGAAUUCCUAGCACCCCCCUCGGCCUCCAGAGGUAGACCCACCAAGCCACCGUCACCCUGAGAAAGAGGAAAGACGUUUUCCAAGUGUCUGCUCUCACUCUGGCAGUGCGGCGGUCACUUUGAAAGACCCUUGGCAAAUCUCCAACAUGAAAGGAGGGGCCCGGUGAACCAGGCUCAGUCAGAGUCCUGGAAGUGCCAGGGGUUUGGCCCCACUACUGAAAAAAAAAAGAAAAAAAACCCCUAAAGAUGUGCAGGGUGUAUAUGUCCUUUGGGGUCUAGGUGUUGGGGACCCUGUUCAGAAUUUGCCUGCAAGAUGGCUUGUCAUUUUCUCACUGGAUGAUUUUGGAAACUUCUACAGCAUCUUCUAAUUCCCAGACCUGUCAAAUGCCUAAGGCAGGCAGAGGGACUAGUUCUGCUUUGCUAAUCUGCCUGGAACUUUGUUCUUCUAGAUCUGAUUGGCUGUAAGUAUCUCUACUGUGUACCUGUGGCAUUAGAUCACAGAGUGUUACAAGAAUUUUUUGGAGGUCUUUUGGCUCAGAGAUGGACAUUUGAUGGAAGAUUUUUGGUAGGUAAAAGCUGGAUUUUUUGAAACCAGCCUGUUUGCAUAUUCGAAGGAAAGAAAGCCAUUAUUAAACCUAUUAACCUUAGUUGAGGGGCUGUCAUAAGAGAUGAUCUGCUAUUUUGAUCUUUUGCCUCCCCUAGGAGCUUGAACUCUCUGACUUGUGACCAUCCAGCUUCUCAUGCUGGUAUGACUUUCUUUUGGUUAGAGAUCUUCCUUAGAAAGGAAUCUAUAUUCUGAAUUGGUGUGCAAGGGGCUCCUUCUGGUCCUUCCAGAAGGGGUAAUGGUAAGGUUGUGUAAGACGAAGCUAUUCACAUCGCCUGUUCUCAUUUUCCCAGCCUGCUUCUCUGAACUGAAGGAAGACCCACUGUGGGUCCUCACAACGUGGUAUUUUGUCACGUAGCUGAAGCCUAGCAGGGAGGGCAUGCUCAGGCAGCAAUAGCUUAGAGCUGGGGUCCAAGUUCUGUGCUUGCAGAUGCCCUGAUGUGCAUUUGCUGUGUGGUCUCGGGCAUACCAUCCUGAGGCUCGUUGCCUUCAUGAGGCUCCCGCGGAUGUGCAGCCCCAGGGGGCUGGGAGAUGUCUUUAGAUUUAGGACUCUGUGACAAAUCCUUUAUAGCCUGGUGUGAGGAAGCUUGGACCAAACAUUUCCCCUUUGGCCAGUUAAGUCUGGAAAAGGAUCUGCUGAUUUAAAGGAGCAGUUGGAGACUCUAAAUACAUGUAACUGGGGAAUUUGGAGAGAAUCAUCAACCAUCUCUGCUGUAGUUUUCCCAGGAUUGGAACUCAAGAGGCAGUGACCACAUUUUCCUCAACACCGUUGCUCCUUGGACUGAUGCGAUGUUCACACUCAUGGCUGAGGGGCCAAGGAGUCAUCCAGGAAACGCUCAGGAGUGUUUGACAACGCCAACAUGCAUUCUUGUGCUCCAUAGCUUUGUAGCAGACCCUUUCUGCCUGUGAAGACAUGAAAGAUGGAGAAGAAGAGCAUACCGAAAGGUCAAGUUUAAUUCUAGCAAAGCAAACAGCAACAACAAAACCCCCCACAAACAAACUAUUGUUUUUCUUCCUAGAUUGAAGAUAUCCCGUUCACUAUGGUUUCCAGGGAAGGGUUAACAGUGGAGAAGCAGGUUUAUCUGUCGCUUUGACACAGGGCUAGAGGAAAUUUAUGUUUCUUUGUGGGGGAGGGAAGAGGGCCCUCUGUUCACUUUAAAAUUCAGAGUGUGGAUUUGCUCCAAAGAGGGCCAUUUAAGUUGAAAGAAGCCAAGUUAAGUUUGGCCUCUUGCCUGGAAUCACUUGAAUUCUGAAAUUUUACUGCGACAAGCAUGUGUGCUGUGGCAGUCACAUUUUCCAUUGCUUAAUUCUCAAAGUGCGGUGCAAGUCUAUCUUUGUGCCUAUUAACAAGUGAUGUAUAUAAUUCCUUCUUAUUCUAUUGAGUUGUACAAAAUUGUCUUUUGUAUUUAAUGGUUUGUAAUUUUCACAAUAUUUUUUAAUUUAAAUAAACACAGUUUUCCCUUUGAA